CGACAUGGUUGGACAUCGACUUUUGGUUAGUUAAUCCAGAACAGCCAAACGCGUCGCCUGCACCCGAUCGAGGGUUCUGCACAGCUGCGGCAGCGCUCCAUCUCGUCGCUUUCAUCUCUCGCAGCCAUUUCUUCGUCUACCGCUCUCCACGAGAGAUCCUGGUCUAAAACCCUAGUCAGUUCCAACUGAUUCUCGCUAACAGUUGAAGGGGUUAGUCCACGAAGGGCAUCUGAUCUGUAAAAGAACUUUGGGAGGAAAUUUCAGCUCUGCAUUAAUCAGUCAUGGUUACUUCGAGGGCCGGCUCUACUACAUCCCUUCCUCACAUUCUUACUAUUGAGGAUUUUAAGGGUGAUUUCUCAUUCGAUGCAUUGUUUGGAAACUUGGUGAAUGAGCUGCUACCGUCUUUCCAAGACGAGGACGCGGAUUUAAUUGACGGCGCAACCGGGCAUGAUGGCCUGCCCAAUGGCCACAUGAGGGUGCCGUCCGACACCGUGAAAUUGGAUCAAGAACCUCUUUUUCCGGAAGUUGACGCACUUCGUGCUUUGUUUAGGGAUUCUUUCAAGGAGCUUGUCGAUCUUAAACGACAGAUUGAUGGCAGGCUUCAGAAUUUGAAGCAGGAGGUGGCCAUCCAAGAUUCCAAGCACCGGAAGACUCUCUCAGAGCUAGAAAAAGGCGUCGAUGGUUUGUUUGAUAGCUUUGCUAGAUUGGAUUCUAGAAUUUCUAGUGUUGGGCAGACUGCUGCAAAAAUUGGAGACCAUCUCCAGACUGCAGAUUCCCAGCGUGAAACAGCCAGUCAAACGAUUGAUCUCAUAAAGUAUCUGAUGGAGUUCAAUAGCAGCCCUGGUGACCUGAUGGAACUUUCACCUCUGUUUUCUGAUGAUAGUCGUGUUGCUGAGGCAGCUUCAGUUGCUCAAAAAUUACGAUCAUUUGCUGAAGACGAUGUUGGUAGGCAUGGUAUUAAUGUGCCAUCUACUGUAGGAGCUACAAAUGCAAGCAGAGGUUUAGAAGUAGCUGUUGCAAAUCUUCAGGACUAUUGUAAUGAAUUGGAGAAUAGGUUGUUGUCACGGUUUGAUGCAGCUUCACAGAGGAGAGAAUUAUCAACCAUGGCAGAAUGUGCAAAAAUUCUAUCCCAAUUUAACAGGGGCACCAGUGCCAUGCAACAUUAUGUUGCAUCUCGGCCAAUGUUUAUUGAUGUGGAAGUCAUGAACACAGACACAAAAAUGGUUCUUGGUGAUCAAGGUUUGCAAGCAGGCCCAAGCAACAUUGCACGUGGCCUUUCUACACUUUACAAAGAAAUCACAGAGACUGUUCGCAAAGAGUCAGCAACUAUACAAGCUGUGUUCCCCUCUGCUAAUGAUGUCAUGUCAAUUCUUGUGCAGCGUGUUUUGGAGCAGCGUGUGACAGCCAUCCUUGAUAAGUUAUUAAUAAAGCCAUCCCUUGUAAACUUACCUCCGGUUGAACACGGUGGUCUGCUAAUCUAUUUGAGAAUUCUUGCAGUUGCAUACGAGAAGACACAGGAACUGGCUAAAGAUUUACGAGCUGUUGGUUGUGGAGAUUUAGAUGUUGAAGGUCUUACAGAGUCUCUAUUUUCUGCUCAUAAAGAUGAUUACCCGGAACAUGAGCAGGCAUCUCUCAGACAACUUUAUCAAGCGAAGGUGGAAGAGCUGCGUGCUGAAGCCCAGCAGCAAUCUGAAGCAGCUGGAACUGUCUCACGCUCAAAGUCAGGCUCCAAUGCAUCUGCUCAUCAACAAAUAUCUGUUACUAUAGUAACCGAGUUUGUCCGCUGGAAUGAGGAGGCAGUAUCUAGAUGCUCUUUAUUUUCCUCACAGUCUGCCAGUCUUGCUGCUACAGUAAAAUCUGUUUUUAAUUGCUUGCUGGAUCAAGUGAGCCAAUAUUUGACUGAUGGGCUGGAGCGGGCCAGGGAGAGUUUGAAUGAAGCAGCUGCAUUGAGGGAUAGGUUUAUGAUUGGGGCAAGCGUUAGCAGAAGGGUAGCUGCAGCGGCUGCUUCAGCUGCAGAGGCGGCUGCAGCUGCUGGUGAAAGCAGUUUCAAAUCUUUCAUGAUUGCUGUGCAACGUUGUGCUAGUAGCAUAGCUAUACUUCAGCAGUAUUUUUCAAAUAGUAUUGCCCGUCUCUUGCUUCCUGUGGAUGGUGCUCAUGCGUCUUCCUGUGAAGAGAUGGGGACAGCUAUAUCCAAUGUUGAAGUUGCUGUGCGCAAGGGGCUCCUACAGUGUAUUGACACUGUAAUGGCUGAGGUGGAGAGGCUACUUUCCACAGAGCAAAAGACAAUUGAUUAUCGUUCACCUGAUGAUGGAAAUCUUCCUGAUCAUCGACCGACAAAUGCAUGCAUGAGAGUUGUUGGCUACCUAUCUCGAGCUUUAGAGGUUGCAUUCUCUGCUUUAGAAGGUCUCAACAAACAAUCUUUUCUGACUGAGCUCGGGGAUCGCUUGCAUAGAGGGUUGUUAUUUCAUUGGCAGAAGUUCACUUUCAACCCAAGUGGUGGUUUGCGGCUGAAGAGAGACAUAACAGAAUAUGGGGACUUCGUCAGGCGUUUCAAUGCACCAAGCGUUGAUGAAAAAUUUGAACUGUUGGGCAUCAUGGCUAAUGUGUUUAUUGUUGCACCUGAAAGUCUUGCUUCCCUAUUUGAAGGAACUCCAGGCAUACAAAAAGAUGGAUUAAGAUUUGUUCAACUUAGAGAUGAUUACAGAACUGCCAAGAUUGCUUCCAGAAUCAGUGGUAUUGUAGCAGAGUCAUAAUCAAGAUCGAAUUUUGUUAAAUUAUGGCCAGGCUUUGUCUGUUCCAUGUUCCAUAGCUCCAAUGGAGUUCCUUAUUAGUCACAUAUAUAUAUUAAUUCUCCUUGAGGAGUUCUAAGAUGAUUAUUGUUUAUUCUACAAUGUUAGUUUAUCUUUUAAUACCUUAGGAACUUGUAGAACUGAAUUAGCUUACAAUAGAUGCGCUAUAGUUCCAGUAAUUAUAAUCCUAAUUGGCCAUGUACUGUAAGAACUCCACGGGCCAAAAAGAAACCUUAUAUUGUUCACUUGAUUCUUUAUUUUUUGCACUAAGUUGCAUUCUGUAUUGGAUUAGUUUUUGUGCUCUCAA